GUGGUGCUUGAAUGUGCUUCCGGGUCAGAUUGGGGUAUAACUCAGCUGAGCCGGGAGAUUCGACUUUUGACCAGCGUGUUUACUGUUGUAUGGAUCAAAAAAAUAACCACUAGCCCACAGCGACAUAAUAAGCUAAAAUUAUAUGGUGGUUAGCCAUGUGACACUGUGUAGUUAUUGGGAGCUGGGACAGCUACUGUUAAUGAUGGAGGCCAUGGAGAUGGACUCUACUUCGGCACCACCGGGUGGUAAUGGUGAGCGGCCAGAAGCUGCAGAUUCAGCUGUUGAUGGCGCUGAGGAUGCUGAUGUGCCAAUUGUCAUCUCAGAUUCUGGUAGCAGCACUGAGGUGGAGGAUGACGAGGAUGACAGCUCUGCAGCACAGCAGGCAGUUCAAUCACCACUCAGGCUUCCUGCCACUUGGGCCUUCAGUCAGAGAACUGUGGAUGGAGCUUAUGCUGUGCCUUCAACCAUUCAGGGGGCUCCAAUAAGGAGGUCCCGCAGGCAGGGUCUUAGGGUCCACUACCCCAGCCAGACUGCAGCACCUUCGCGAGGGUUUCCAGACUUCCUGCUGCGAGCGCCAGCUGCCAGUACUGCUCAGCCAGAGUCAGGAAGCACUACUGAUGCCAGUGAGUCUGAGGGUGAGGAGGAAAGAGAAGAAAGGCCAGCUGCUGGGAUGGAGGUCCCUGUACCUAUACCAUCUGCCAGUCCUUUUCCCAAUGCUUCCACACAACAGUCUCACCAAGAAGAAGCAAGAGACACAAGCCGCACAGAAGCUGUUUUAGCAGCAGAAGGUGGAGGGACGGGCUCUCAUAAUGAAGAACCAAAGCCAGCCGUUGCAGCCCAGUCAUCAGACCUAACAUCUAACAGCGGCGACACGGAAGGAGAUACUUGCACCAUCUGCUUUGAGGCAUGGACCACUGCAGGGGAACACAGGCUCUCUGCUCUGCGCUGUGGACACCUGUUUGGGAAGACCUGCAUUCAGCGCUGGCUCAAGGCUCAGGGCUCAGCUGGUAAAUGUCCACAAUGCAACAAGAAAGCAAAGCCGUCUGACAUUGUGCUGCUGUAUGCUCCAAAAGUGAGAGCCCUGGACAACUCUGAGCAAGAGCGUUUAAAAAGAUCUCUGGAGCUGGAGCAAUCUCUGAGGAGGAAAGCUGAACUGGAAUCAGCUGAGUAUAAACUGAAGUUUCAGGCCGUCACCAGCAAAUAUGGACAGGCGCAGCAAGAGCUGCAGGAACUAAAAGCAUUGAUGGCCCAGACAGGAAGAAGCUCGGCUUCCCCCUCAUGCUCCUCUUCCUUCUCCCCUCUGUUAAGCCUGUCUCAGAGGCUGGAGGGCUCCAGGACCUCACAGUACAGCUUCUCUAAGGCGGUGCUGGUGUCUCAGGCAGGUGGCUGCAGAGUUCUGUCCUACUGUGAACCUCUGUGCUGUCUGCUUGCCUCGCAGCCAUCCCCUCACUCCACACUAGUGCCAGGUUGUGGAGUGAAAAAGGUGAGCUUGGUCAACAUGAAAGCUAGUCAGUAUGUUCCAAUCCACAGCAAACAGAUAAGGGGUCUGUCCUUCAGCAGGGAGAACAACAGUCUGCUUUUAUCUGCUGCGCUAGACAACACCAUUAAACUAACAAGUUUACUUACCAACACGGUGGUUCAGACCUACAAAACGGAUAAACCUGUAUGGAGCUGCUGCUGGUCUUUGGAUAAUAGUAACUAUGUCUAUGCUGGUCUAAGCAAUGGCUCGGUGCUGGUUUAUGACACCAGAGAUACCAGCACACACGUUCAUGAGCUGGAACCUCUUCGAUCCAGGUGCCCAGUUGCAUCUUUGUGCUAUGUACCACGGGCGGCAUCUAGCUCUUUCCCCUGUGGUGGACUUAUUGCCGGAUCAUUGGAGGGUGCUUGUUUCUGGGAGCAGAUGAAUGAGACCACAUACACACCCCAUAUGCUGCCUCUAGAGAGUGGUGGCUGCACAGAUAUCCAAGUGGAGACAGAGAGCAGACACUGUCUGGUCACAUACCGGCCUGGACGCUCUCAUCCGACUCUACGAUGCGUCCUGAUGGCACUGACUCGCACCCCUCAACAGGACUCAAGCCAGCUGCCCAGCUGCUCCUGUUCUCCUGUGCAGACAUUUAAUGCAGGUUCAUCCUGCAAAUUGCUCACCAAGAACACGGUGUUCAGGAAUCCAGACGGACAUGGCAUGCUGGUCUGUGCUGGGGAUGAGGCCUCCAAGUCCACCCUGGUGUGGGAUGCAGGAAGCGGCACUCUGCUUCAGCAGCUUCCAGCUGACCUCGCAGUGUUGGACAUUAGCCCCUUUUCUGUAAAUGGGGAAAACUAUCUGGCUUCGCUUACAGAGAAGAUGCUGAAACUUUACAAAUGGAAUUGAAGGACAAAUUUGCUGUGUUUAAGGUGCAGAUCACAAGGAACUAGAUCUCAUAAGAAUAGCAGACAUUAAAAUCUGCUAAAUAUUAUCUUCAACCAACAACCGAAUUGACCAAGUUGAAUAACUUUGCUCCUAUUUUUAUUCCAGGAUGGAUGUUAUAAGAUUGUGUUUACAUAAAGGUCGUUGUGAUUUCUUAGAAAGCCAAUCCUCCAGUAAAACUCUGCAGAGUUCUGUUUUAGCUGCAUAGACACCUCUGAUGCUUUUAUCAUGUGGGUCUGUUAAGGGAAAACAUUUGCACUGCAGGUCUGUAAAUUAUGCUUACCGUCAAGCCCACCUAACUAUAGGAACAUAAAAGCUAAGACACGUUCAUCAUAAGUCACAACAAAUUCUGCUACAUCCCCCUUGUAAUGGAUCAACCAGUAAGUCUUUAUCAGUUCAUUAACAAACGUUUAUUUUUCUGCUUUUUCUAUAUGUUUCAAUUAAAUGGGUUAACUUCUCACAGUGGAACUUUAUGUGGCCAACUAUUCUAAUGUUAUAAACCUAAUUUCUAUUUUUGGUAAAGUUAUAUAUAUAUAUAGAUAUAUUUCUUACCAGCUGGUUUUGUACAACUUUGGAGUUAAUAAAAAUUGCCUUUUUUAUUCUGGUU